CGCGCGGAGCCUCCCCGACUUCCCCGAGUCAGUCGAGUCCCACCCUGAGGAAUAUGGAGGUGGCCGGAGGCGCCGAAACUGAGAUCCGGCCUCUGAAGCCGUGUCUGCUGCGCCGCAACCACAGCCGCGAGCAGCAUGGCGUGGCGGCCUCCUGCCUGGAGGAGCUGAGGAACAAGGCCUGUGACAUUCUGGCCAUCGAUAAGUCCCUGGCACCAAUCACCCUGGUCCUGGCAGAGGAUGGCACCAUAGUGGAUGAUGAUGAUUACUUCCUGUGUCUGCCUUCCAAUACUAAGUUUGUCGCAUUGGCCAGUAACGAAAAGUGGACGUACAACAAUUCAGAUGGAGGUACAGCUUGGAUUUCCCAAGAGUCCCUUGAUGUAGAUGAAACGGACACUGGGGCAGGGCUGAGGUGGAGGAAUGUGGCCAGGCAGCUGAAAGAAGACGUGUCCAGCAUCAUCCUCCUGUCCGAGGCAGACCUCCAGGUGCUCAUUGAUGCUCCGUGUUCAGACCUGGCUCAGGAACUCCGCCAGAGCUGCGUCACCGUCCAGGGGCUCCAGAACACCCUCCAGCAGGUCCUGGACCAGAGGGAGGAAGCCCGUCAGUCCAAGCAGCUCUUGGAGCUUUACCUCCAGGCUUUAGAGAAGGAGGGCGGCAUCUUGUCAAAGCAGCAAGAGUCCCAAACUGUUGGUGACCAGACGGAUGCAGUCGACACGGGUGGUAACAGAGAGAGCUCCUCCACAAUCGCACUCACAAGCCAGAUCCUUACUGUGCUGAAGGAGAAGCCUGCUCCAGAGCUGAGUCUGUCCAGUCAGGAUUUGGAGACCCUGGCUCCUCGCUGCCCCGUUUGCCUCUUCUAUGCACAUCUCAUUUCAUCUAUGUCAGAAUGGCUUGAACAAACGUCUCAUUUCAUCUAUAUCAGAAUGGCUUGAACAAACAGGUGCACUCCCGCAGAUCGUCAAACCGCAUUCUCGGGUCCUUUGUGGGAAACGGAAUGUCCCAACCGGUCGGGGAGGAGUGGCGGGGCUCAAGCUUCGGAGGGCGGUUUCUGGUUCUGUCGGCCCCUGAGGGAGAUCAUCGUCAGUCGAGGCACAUAAAGUUAUCCUAGUGAAAGGUGCGCCUGGGGGGGUGGGGGUCAUCUUGUGCUGACUCCACGGCCAGGGAACUAGAAGCCUGACACAGGAUGCGUCAGAGUGGGCGCCACUUCCUCUUCAUCCUUGUCCUGUCCCAGGCACCUCCCCGUGUAGCUAGAAGGCAGGAGACCUCUCGACUUGCGCCUGGCCUAAAUUUCCCGUAAGUGGAGGACUUGACAAGUUGCUCCCACGAAACUUCCAGAGGGACUUUCGUGUCGGUGUUGGAGGGUAAGGAAAGGCCGUGGCCAUGGAGCGUGAAAGGAUUCUGGCGUUUCAGCACAAAGACCUCACAUACGCCGGCGCUGCCCGAGCUCAGUCCCCUCAAGAAAAUCCCGGGAGCGAGAGAGCAGCAGGCGAGGGGAGCCGGGAGCGCUUCUCAGUGGUUCUCAUUCUUGCCGCAGCUGGUUGCCAAGGAAGACCCCGGAGCUUUGGCUGCCGCUUUGAGCUGGGACGCAGAGAAGACGGUGACGGUGCAGCAGGCCUGUAAUCAGGAGCUCAGCCUGCGCCUCCAGCAGGUGCAGAGCCUGCGUUCUCUCCGGAACCU